GCUUCCGCUCCGCUCCGAAACACUGAGUGCGUCUCUUGCUGCGGUGCGUUGCGCGCAGGCUGGAGAGAGAUGACAAGAGCCCCGCGGAACUGGCCAGACAAACAUGGAUCUCCGUAAAACGCUGAUUUCGGUGCUUUGGAUAUUAUUGGUGAACCUGGAAGAAGACUGUCACGCCGAAGAAGUGGUGCUGCUGAAUUCUAAAGAGACUCAGGCAGAGCUGGGCUGGACGUCAUAUCCCCCCAACGGAUGGGAGGAGAUCAGCGGUGUAGAUGAGAAGUACAAGCCAAUCCGGACGUACCAGGUGUGCAACGUGAUGGAGCCCCUGCAGCAGAACAACUGGCUGCAGACGGGCUGGGUGGCGCGCCGAGGCGGCCAGCGCAUUUUCGUGGAGCUCCAGUUCACACUGCGCGACUGCAACAGCAUCCCCGGCGUGGCGGGCACCUGCAAGGAGACCUUCAACCUCCUCUACGUCGAGACGGACCGGGACCUCGGCGGUGUGACCCGGGAGGACCGCUACACCAAGAUCGACACCAUCGCCGCUGACGAGAGCUUCACGCAGGGCGACCUGGGCGAGAGGAAGAUGAAGCUGAACACGGAGGUGCGCGAGAUCGGCCACCUCAACCGCAAGGGCUUCCACCUAGCUUUCCAGGACGUGGGCGCCUGCGUGGCCCUGGUGGCCGUGCGAGUGUACUACAAGCGCUGCCUCGCAACCGUCCAGAACCUGGCAGUGUUCCCCGACACGGUGGCCGAGGCGGCUUUCGCCACGCUGGUGGAGGUGCGCGGCGCCUGCGUCAACAACUCUGAGGUUGACACGGACAGCCCUCCCAGGAUGCAUUGCAGUGCAGAGGGGGAAUGGCUGGUGCCCAUUGGGAAGUGCAGCUGCAGCGCCGGCUACGAGGAGGGACACAGCAGCUGUGAAGCAUGUCCCCCCGGCUCCUACAAGAUGUCCUCCAGGCAGCAGGAGUGUUUUCCCUGCCCAGCCAACAGCAUCGCGGAGGAUGAAGGAUCCGUGGUGUGUGUGUGCGAGGAGGACCACUUCAGGACUCCCCUGGACACGCCCUCAGCGCCGUGCACAAGGCCACCCUCCCCGCCUCGAGACCUGGUCUACACCCUGAAGCAGUCCACGCUGAUCUUGGAGUGGGCCGCACCGUCCGACACGGGAGGCCGGGCCGAUCUGACCUACAGCGUGGGGUGCAGGAGGUGCGUCGGCAGGCAGUGCGAGCCGUGCGGCGCCAGCGUCGGCUUCGUGCCCCAGCAGGUGGGCCUGACGGAAAGGACGGUGACCGUGGUCAACCUUCUCCCCAACACCAACUACACGUUCACCGUGGAGGCCUUGAACGGGGUGUCAGAGCUGCUGCCGAACAAGCGGUUCUACACGCAGGUCAACGUGUCGACAAGCCUGCCCGCGCCAUCGCUGAUCAGCGCGCUGCGAGCCGAGAAGAUCGAGCAGAAGAGCAUAACCCUGGUGUGGAGGGAGCCCUCGUACCCGAACAGCAGCCGCACCGAGUACGAAGUCAAAUAUUAUGAGAAGGAACAAAAGGAUCAGAGUUAUUCUACUGUGAAGACUGCCGCCACACGGAUCAGUGUCAACAACCUCAAACCUGGCACCACAUACGUCUUCCUCAUCCGCCCGUUCUCCACGCCGGCCCCCUCCUCACCCCUCUCCUCCUCCCCUCUCUCGUCCUCCUCCUCCUCCUCUUCUUCUUCUUCUUCCUCUUCUUCUUCCUCCUCCUCCUCCUCAUCCUCCUCUACCUCUUCCUCAUCGUCUUCCUCCUCCUCCUCCUCUCCACCGCCCAUCGACUACGGAGCGUACAGUGCUCCCCUGGAGCUGCAGACACUUGGCGAGUUGGCGCUGGCGUCCAGCGAACAGAGUCCGGUGGUGAUCAUCAUCGUCGUGUCCGUGGCCGCCCUGAUCAUGCUGCUCUCCAUGGGCGUCGGGCUGCUGAUCUGGAGGAGCGUCUGCUCGAGCUCCUCCAAUGUAACUCCUGCUAGCGUGGUGCUGCUCUCGACCUCCUUCUCCACUCUUCCUCCUCCUCCUCCUCUUCUCUCUCCUCUUCCUCCCUUCACACAGCUGAUGCCCAGACAAUGCGGCUACAGCAAAGCUUCUCAAGAGGGAGACGAGGAGCUGUACUUCCAGUUUAAAAUCCCAACACGGAGGACCUACAUCGACCCGGAGACCUGCGAGGACCUGCUGCAGGCCGUGCACGCCAUUGCCAAGGAGUUGGACAACUCGAGCAUCAAGAUAGAGCGAAUUGUGCACACAGGCGACUUCGGGGAGGUGUGUCGCGGCUGCCUGAAGCUGCCCAGCAAGAGAGAGCUGCCCGUGGCCAUAAAGACAUUAAGGGCCGGCUGCUCGGACAAACAGCGGCGCUCCUUCCUCAGCGAGGCCGGUAUCCUGGGGCAGUUCGACCACUCCAACAUCAUCCGGCUGGAGGGAGUCAUCACCACCGGUAACACCAUGAUGAUCAUAGAGGAGAGCAUGUCUAACGGAUCCUUGGAUUCCUUCCUGAGGAAACACGAGGGCCAGCUGAGUGUAAUGCAGCUGAUGGAUAUGCUGACCGGGGUGGCAUCGGGGAUGAAGUACCUCACCGAAAUGGGCUUCGUCCACAAGCGGCUCGCAGCGCACAAGGUGCUUGUUAACGCGAACCUGGGCUGCAAGGUGUCCGGCUUCAGGCCUCUUCAGGAGGACAAGAUCGAGGCCAUCUACACCACACUGCACGGAGGGAAGAGCGUGGUGCUGUGGACCGCUCCCGAGGCCAUCCAGUACCACCGCUUCUCCUCGGCCUCCGACGUCUGGAGCUUCGGCAUCGUCAUGUGGGAGGUCAUGUCCUACGGAGAGAGGCCCUACUGGGAUAUGGGCAACCAGGAUGUAAUCAAGGCCAUCGAGGACGGUUUCAGGCUGCCGGCUCCGGUUAACUGCCCGCAACACCUCCAUCAGCUGAUGCUGGACUGCUGGCAGAAGGAGAGGACGGAGAGGCCCACCUUCAGCCAGAUCCACUCGGCCCUCAGCAAGAGCAUCCGCUCCCCCGACGGCAUCGGCUCCUCCACACUGGCACGCAGAACCCUGAGUUCAUCCAUCACGCUAGCGGAGAGGCCUCUCCCCUCCUUCCCUUCCUUUAACUCAGUGGGGGAGUGGCUGGACGCCGUGGACAUGGGCCGCUACAAGGACAACUUCACCGCGGCGGGAUACUGCUACUUGGAGUCCGUGGCGCGAAUGACCGUACAAGAUGUACUGAGCCUUGGCAUCACUUCCCUCGAGCACCAGAAGCUGAUCCUGGCGGCCAUCCAGACCCUCAGAGCCCAGGUCAUCCAAAUGCACGGCCGCGGUGUGCAGGUCUAACGAGCAGUCGACGCGCCCAGCCUCACCCCGCUGCUGCAGAACCCCCACCACGUACGUGCAGAUGGAUGAUGGGGUGGAGAAGAGGAGAAACAAGAGAGAGAGAGAGAGAGAACGAAAGCUCUCCCAAACUGAAGGAAAGAUGAGCAGAUCUUUCUUCCGACUGCACUCCUCUAUCUACUCCCCCUUCCCACACUUCCUCAUGCCUUCCUUGAUCCCUUACUUCCUUUUUUUUCUACGAGUCCAUCCAGAGAUGAGCGAGAGCGUCCCCGUCACAAUUGCAGAGGGGGGCUAGCAGAGGAGUGACGUCACACGGCGCCUCUUUUUUUUGUGACCUCCAUAUCUGCACUUAAAUAACCGCGUCAGCUCCAUCUCACUGGUGAUCGUCGCGUAGAGACAAAUGAAAUGUUGUUGGGGCUCUGUUCUGAAGCUGACUUCUGAGCGAACACGCCAGUUUGCAGAACAAGCGCUCAAAGAAACUCUCACAUUUUGGGUGGAAUUUCCCUUUACCACAACAUGAAUUCACUGCAAACAGUAAAUCAGUAAAGCCGGCGGGGGGGGGGGGUGUUGUUUUUACCGGCACUGGACGAUACAUUACUCUCUCCUCAGAACUGGCACCGCUGAUUUCACAUCAAAAUAGAAAGACUGAUUUUUACGAAGAUGACCGGAGCGCCGCGCAAAAAGAGUAAACGCGGCUGGAAUGUAACAUUUCAGAACAGCGGCUUGAGAAGACCGUACUGUCCGGCGAGUCAGUGGCCGAGGCCUCGACAGCCUCCAGUUUAGUUCCGUCUAUGGCGCACGAAGAGUGCCGACGGGACAAAAAAAAAAAAAAAGAGCUACAGUAAGUCAUGGCUGACGACACGCUGUGCUUUCAGGAACGUCAGCCUGCUGUUGUUUUUUAAAUUUUAUCCAGUGAUGGUUAAACAAAAAAGCUGCAGGACACAAGUGUAAAGGUUGAAAAACGUGUGUUUGAUCGUCCGUUAAUUUGUCGUACGUCGCUUUUGUUGGUUUCCUUUAUCUUCCUCCUCCUCUUUGCUUUGAAGCUGUUUUCUCCGUGCACUUAAAACAUCACAUUUUUUUCCCUUUUCUUGCCUGCUGGACAUCCACACUCGGUAUUAUAAUCCUCCUUCUCCAAAGCCUCUCCCUGUUUUUAAGACUCUGUAUAGAGCGCGGGCCUGCUCUGGAAGAUCGGCCUGGUUCAGAUAUUUAUCCAUAUUAUUUAUUUUACGUUUUACAGACUGUUCAACACAAACUGUGGUCGGAGUCGAGGAAGGUUUAUUUAUUCAACUAGUAUUUAAAAAAAAAAAAAAGAAGAAGAAGAAAAGCAAAGCGGUCGUCUCGUCUUGUUUUGUCGAUUUUAUUGUUUUGAUUAUGAGUUUAUCGGUUGUUAAAGCGAGGGGAACACUGGAGGAUUUUUACUGUCGGCACACAGUAUCUGUGUAUUUUUCUCGAGCACUGGAUUUAAUACCGUUCAUUUUAACGUCCUAUCAUUGGAUUCCCCCUGUGUACAUUACCGUGUGUGUGUGUUGCAGUAUGAAGACAGUAUUAAGGAAUGUCAUAUGGAUUGUUUCUUUUCUUUGCUGGAGUUUCAUGUGGACGCUGAUAUCAUGCUCUGCCAUACAACAGUAUGUGGGUGCACUUUUUUCCCCCAGAAUCCUCUCCUGUACAGUGACUCGCCCCCCCACGCGCCUUUUUCUUUCCUAUUUCGAGACGCGAAGGAGGAAGUUUAUCGAGGCAUUAUUUGAUUUUUCCACACACUUUCGCAUUAAAGGGGUUGCCACCAUUUUUUUUGACUGGAAUAUUGUAAGUGGUUUGAAUUUGGUUCUCUCUUUGUAACCGUUUUCAUCAAAUUGAAUAAUCACACACACGUUGACAUAUCUGAAGAAACACGCCGAGGGGUCCCCUUUGACAAACACACAUACACGAGGACUAUGACGACACACACACACACACACACACACACACACACACACACACACAUAAACACAAGCAACAACCUGGACCUCGUCACCACAAUGAAUGAAACUCCCAUUUCUCCCCCCUCCUCCCUCUCUGUUACUGUGACCAUCAUGAUAUAUGUUUAAUACUGUAAAUAUGUAUUUGAAAAUGCUGAAAUCUAUUUUUAUAAUUUGUUUGAAGAACAACGUGUUGAAUAUAAUAUCUGCUCACUGUGUAAGGGUUUUAUUUGUUUUGUUUUGUUUUGUUUUUUUAAUUUUAGGGCCAUAGCCAAGAAAACUCUGGUGUUUGGAAUAUAAAACUGGAAAAAAAAAGUUUCUUUUUUUUGUUAGUUUUUCGAUGAUUUUUAACUGUUAGAAGAAAAAUCUGAUGGCUGUUGCAAUAUUGAAACGUGUUAUUAAAAAAUCUCCAAUACAAGCAAA